GUUAGCUCGAGUCUAAUUAAAUACUGCGUAACAUGCAUGGCAGUUAUUUUACACUUCAAAGCUCAAAGAAUAUAUUCUUUUACAUUUCAAAGCUCAAACUUUUUUUUACCUCGGAUGAAUUUGCACUGAGUUUAAGAAAAUAUACAAUUCUAUAACAUAUUUCUGGGAGUUUAGACGUUUAGUACAAUUCUGGUUUCAUGUAAUUCCGCCGGGAUCUGCUCAUCAAAUUUCAAAACAUCGAAGGGUGCAGACAAAGUGACAAACAAUUGAGGUAUGAAUGACUUGUGCAGUCUUCCCAUUUUCAAAUGCAAGAAAUGCAAAUUUUAUAUUCACAAUAAGAAUAAUUUAAUAUAAAGAGAGAUAAAGAAUGAUAAGAAUGUAAUGGAAGUAAAAAAUAAAAAAAUAAUGAUGCUGUUUUUUGCUGCACUUUUUUUUGACAGUUUGCCUCUCUAUGGAGCCAUUGAAGGCUAUAUCUUAUUGCACUUGCUGAGAUUGAUUCCAGCUAGAGACAAACAACGCCAAUCGUCGAUUUGGUUGCUCAGGUCGCCGGCGGCCUUGACUCACCCCGGAACUCCAAACCCUAACGGUCAGAUUUUUUGAUCAAUAUUUAUCUAAUCCAUCCAUAUACGAUUCAAGGCAAGUUGGAUCAAGUUUACUCAAUAAUUUCCGCUCUUGAAAUCGGUUUUUGGUUCAUCGAGAUUCCUUCUUUGCGUGGAAUGGAUCACAAUUUCAGCUUUAAUUCCCCUGCCACCGGCGGGCAGGUUCCAUUUGGUCCAGCACCUUCACGGUUGACCAAACCGCGCUUCGUUAAGAAGAAACAUACCGCAAGCAAUCGCCCUAUUACUUUUGAAAACGACCCAAGUUUCAACCCAUUUCGCUCACAUCCUCCCGAAGAGAAACCUGGUCUGGUGAAUACCGGACCUAUGGGUAGUACUAAAACUUCUGUUUCUGGGAAUACGGGGGUUGUAUUUGGAUCUUCAAAAGCUAGCAUUUAUGGUAAUCCAUUUAGUUCUACAUUAUCUAGUGAUCCAUUACGUUUGAAGGCGAAUGCAAACUUUCGUGGAAUCAUUGAGCCAGAUAAAGCUCUUGUUGGUGACCUGAGAAACUUGAAGAUUGCAAGUGAUCAUCAGCAUAUUAAUGUGAGCCAAAAUAUGAAUGUUAAUGAAAGUAGUAAUAAAUCUGAGAUGAGGGUGACAGACCAGUUACUUGCUUCUACAUUGACCAAGGAGGUUGAAAAUAAGUUGAAGAUUAAAAGCGAGGGGGAUACUGAAAGCUCACAGAAGAGUGAAAUUGUUGAUGGCGGUGUUGGAGGAUUGAAACUUGUGAAUGGAAUGAACAAAUUGAAUAUCAAAGAAGAGUCCACUGAUAGGCUGAAAAGCCCUGCAUACAGGAGAGUAGAAUUAACCUCGGAUGAAAACAUUGUGCAGACAGGAUUGCCAGCUCUUACAAAAACUGCAAAUGAGUUGAAGACUGAAAUUUUUAGUGGCAAGAAUUCUAUAUUUUCUGGUAAAGUUCCUUCAGAUAUCACUUUCCAGGCAGAAAGGAGUGAGUUAUUUAGUAUUGGUGAUCAAAGUAGUAGUACGUCCUCCUGUUCCUCCAUCAAUUACCCACCUGCAGCAGGUUGUUUUGAAGCUCCCUUUAUGGAUAAACCUGGAAAGAAGGUUGAGUUUAGUUUCAGUGGCAUGAUGCAACAUGUAGACUGUAAAACACCUACUUUAAAAGGGAAUUUAAAUAGGAAACUUGAAACGAAAAGGGAGUUAACUAAAGAUACCAAGUUGAAGAAAAAGAAAGGGAAACAAAGAAAACCGAUUCCGAUUCAGAUGAAUGUUGGACAAGGUUAUUUUCCAGAAGAAAGUUCACAAGAAAAUGUUGACUCAUCUGAGUCCUAUUCGCCAAUGGAUAUUUCUCCAUAUCAAGAAACACCAGCAGAUAGCUCCUUUUCAAGAGAAACUUCUGUGACUUCUGAUGAGGCCUCAAGCUUGAAUGAUAAGUAUGCAUCAAGUGAGUCACGGCCGAUGGAUGUAAAUGAUAUAGCAGAUGUUGAUCUUAUUGAUGCAACCGAACAGUUGAGUAUUAAUGGAAAUAGCAAUUCUAAUUUUAAUGAAAAGGAAAAAGCAGAACCUAUGCCAUUCCACCAAGGUGUUUGUGUUGAGGGGCCUUCUGAAGAUACUAUUUCUGGAGCUGAGACUGAAAGCUUUAGAUCUGCUACUGAUCAGUUCGAUUGUAGCACAGAUUCAUUUUUAACUGCACAAGAUAAUGAAGUAAGUUCUGGUUCAACCACCGAGAGACAAGAUACUAUUGGGGAAACUCAUACAAAUUUAGAAGACACAUGCCAAUCCAGCUUUAUAUUUGCUGCCUCUUCUACUGCUCAAUGUCACUCAACAUCCGUAGCACGACAUCAGAAGAAGAAAGUUCAAUCAAAGCCUGGAAGUGAUUUAAAUAGUUCUUUCUCAAGUGCAAAAGUUCCACAUUCAUCCUUUUCUCGGAAUCAUUUUCAAGUUUCUGGGACAUAUUCAUUACCCCUCAAUAGAGGUAUUAAUGUUGACAUACCUGUCAUGUUGAACCAAAGCCAGGGUAAAAGUGAACCAGCUAACGAAAACGCGGUUAAGCAAGAAGCUAGGUCCGCUGCUGCUGAGAGCAUGGCAGCUCAGGAAUCUUGUGAAAAGUGGCGACUAAGGGGGAAUCAAGCCUAUGCAAGUGGGGAUUUGUCUAGAGCAGAAGACUGUUACACACAGGGAGUCAAUUGUAUAUCUCACAAUGAGACAUCUAAAAGCGCUCUUCAGGCUUUGAUGCUGUGCUACAGCAACCGUGCAGCAACAAGGAUGUCUCUAAAAAGGAUGACGGAGGCACUAGAGGAUUGUUUGACAGCCAUAAAAAUGGAUCCAAAUUUCUUCAGGGCCCAAAUUCGAGCUGCUAACUGUUACCUAUCUCUGGGUGAAGCAGAAAAUGCGUCUCAACAUUUUAUGAGGUGCUUGGAUAUCGGCAAUAAGUCCUGUGCGGAAAGAAAGGUACUGGUGGAAGCUUCUGAGGGCCUAGAAAAUGCAAAGAAAGUAUCAGAAUGCAUGAAGCAAUCUGUGACACUUCUAAGAAGUAGAACGCCUGAUGAUUUGGUCGGUGCCUUGGCUGUGAUAUCUGAUGCUUUGAUGAUAAGCCCUUGGUCAGAAAAGCUACUCGAAAUGAAAGUGGAUGCUCUUUUCAUGUUGGGAAGAUAUGAAGAGAUAAUUAAGUUAUGUGAGUUGACUCUUUCUUCCGCCGAACUAAAGAGAUUCCAAUCAGAUGUUAAUUUGGGAAUGUCGGGUGCUUCUAAGAUACAGAAGACAACUUCGUUUAGGCUUUGGUGCUGUUCGAUGACUGUCAAAGCCUAUUUUUAUUUGGGAAAGCUUGAGGAAGCUGCUGUAUUUUUGAAUAAAGAAGAGAAAUCAUUGCCUUUAAAGCAAAGAAGCGAGGAUUUUACUUUAGAGUCCAGUAUACCUCUGGCUGCCACAAUACGUGAGCUCUUACGCUUCAAGGCUUCGGGAAAUGAAGCAUUUCAGUCAGGAAAGCAUGCAGAGGCUAUUGAGCAUUACAGUGCUGCUAUAUCGUGUAAUGUUGAGUCACGGCCUUUUGCAGCCAUUUGUUUUUGCAAUCGUGCUGCUGCAUACCGAGCCGUGGGCCAAAUUUUGGAUGCAAUUGCAGAUUGCAGCCUGUCUAUAGCUCUUGAUGGAAAUUAUGUAAAGGCAAUAUCCAGGCGAGCAUCAUUGCUUGAGAUGAUAAGGGAUUUUGGACAAGCAGCUUCUGAUCUUCGAAGACUUAUUGACCUUCUCACAAGGCAAUUGGAAAAUAAGAUAAACCAGUCAGAUAAAAGUUUUAUUGUGAAUGAGCUCCGCCAAACAGAACAGAAGCUUUUGAGAAUGGAGGACGAAGACAGAAAGGAGAUUCCUAUGAAUAUGUACCUUAUACUGGGAGUUGACCCAUCUGCUGCAUCGUCAGAAAUUAAGAAGGCCUAUCGGAAAGCAGCACUCAAACAUCACCCUGACAAGGCUGGACAAUUGGUAGCUAAAAAUGAUAAUACAGAUGAUGGAAUUUGGAGAGGAAUAGCAGAAGAGGUGCGUAGAGAUGCUGACCGGCUUUUCAAAAUGAUUGGGGAGGCCUAUGCACUGCUUUCAGAUCCCGCCAAGCGCUCACGAUAUGAUCUUGAAGAAGAGAUGAGGAACACUCAAAGUAGAGGAAAUAGAGGUGGCAGCACCAUGAACACACAAAGGGAUCCUUCUCAAAACUACCCAUUUGAGAAGAGUGGGAAUAGAUGGCAAAGAAGUGAUGUUUGGAGAGCAUACGGGAAUUCUCAGCACAGAGAAUCAGAAAGAAGUCAUCGCUCAAACUGGUAUUCAUGAUGAGGUUAAGUGCAUAAUUUUCUUGUGCAACUUAACACAAGGUGCCGGCAGAACAUGCCCUAAAUGCUUGUGGAUUCCAAGGGUUGGUCUGAUUUACACUUGUUGAUCUACAUCGUACAUUCGUACAUACUCAUAAACUUGCCUGAAAGGUAGUUUUGCUUGUUUGGUGGCAACCUUGCAAACAAUGCUUGCUUUGCUGCACGAGAAAGGGGUGGCUAAAGACAGAAUCAGCACUGUUGUAUAGAAGCUUUGUGUUUGUGAGAACUUUUAUUCAAUUGUUAAUGUUAUUGAUUCAUUUUGUAUAUAUAUGGUUUGUUAUAUUUGUUUCUAAGUGCCAAAUGAGUGAUUAGUCUGUGCCCUUUUCUAUCAUUUGUUUUUAAAGGAAUCCAGUUGUCAUUUGUUCUGUAUCCAUCUUCACAUCUCUAUCAAGAUGCAAAAGCAAGGGGUUUAGGGUGUUU